AUGCAGCCAAGCCUCUAUACAUGCAUCUCGGCUGACAGCAGUAGGGUAUAUACUGCGUCCUUCGCCUUCUUCGAGGCUAUAUAUGAGGUGGGGNCUGGCGUCACGCAUUGUUUCGUCAAUCUCGGCUCAGAUCAUCCCAGCAUCAUCGAAGCAAUUGUCAAAGGACAAAACGAGAAGAAUGGAAAUUUCCCACGUAUCAUCACGUGUCCUAAUGAGAUGGUUGCUCUGAGUCUGGCUGAUGGAUAUGCCAGACUUACCAACAAGCCUCAAUGUGUCAUCGUUCAUGUCGACGUAGGAACCCAAGGUCUUGGUGCUGCAGUUCACAAUGCUUCUUGCGGAAGAGCACCUGUUCUCAUCUUCGCUGGACUUUCGCCAUACACAAUCGAAGGCGAGUACCGCGGUUCGAGAACCGAGUAUAUCCAUUGGAUCCAGGAUGUUCCCGAUCAGAAGCAGAUCGUUGCACAGUACUGUCGCUAUACUGGAGAGAUCAAGCGUGGAGCAAAUGUCAAGCAGCUGGUCAACAGAGCUUUGGCUUUUGCUACAAGCGAGCCCAGGGGUCCAGUGUAUCUCGCGGGAGCUCGAGAGGCCAUGGAAGAAGACAUCGAACCGUACAAGCUCGACCAACGCUACUGGACAGCAGUGGAGCCGAGCGCUCUGACCUCGAAACAGAUCGAAAAUGUUGCUCAACUCUUGGUCGAAGCCGAAUCUCCCCUUGUCAUUACUGGCUACAGCGGACGUAACCACAGUACUGUUGGAGCGCUAGUCGAGCUCGCCAACACCGUCAAAGGUCUCAAAGUACUAGACACUGGUGGUAGCGACAUGUGUUUCCCAGCCGACCACCCAGCCUGGCUAGGCCUCAGAUAUGGUGUAGAGGAUAACAUCAAGACUGCAGAUCUGAUUAUCGUGCUGGAUUGCGAUGUCCCGUGGAUCCCAACUCAAUGCAAGCCCAAAGACGACACCAAGAUCAUUCACAUUGACGUUGAUCCUCUGAAACAACAGAUGCCAGUGUUCUACAUCAAUGCCUUGGCCAGAUAUCGUGCAGACUCAGAAACUGCUGUGACGCAAAUCACUGAACAUCUCAAGGCCAAGUUCGAAAGCGAGAUUACGAGCAGCAGAUUCGAAGAGAAGUGGACCAAACUCCAGGACUCGCAUAAGCAACGUUUGCAGGCGAUCUCAGACCAAGCAAAGCCUAGUGAAGAUGGCACGUUCGGGUGUUCAUACUUAAUCCACCAGUUACGCAAGACGUGUCCUCAAGACACUAUCUGGGCCAUCGAAGCAGUGACGAAUACAGCAUUCGUUGCAGACCAGAUUCAGGCCACCUUCCCAGGCUCUUGGAUCAACUGCGGCGGUGGUGGACUCGGAUGGUCAGGAGGCGGCGCUUUAGGAAUCAAGCUUGCAACCGACUUCGAGAAUGGUGGAAAAGGAAAGUUCGUGGUCCAGAUUGUUGGCGAUGGCACAUAUCUCUUCAGUGUGCCAGGAUCGGUGUACUGGAUCGCACAACGCUACAACAUCCCCAUCCUCACUGUCGUGCUCAACAACANNAAGUCGCUUCUUUUGGUCCAUCCAGAAGGCGAGGGCAGCAAGGUCUCGAACGAAGAACUCAACAUCUCAUUCGCACCCACGCCCGACUACGCAGGUAUUGCAAAGGCAGCUUCGGGUGGAAAAUGCUGGGCCGGCCAUGCUGGUACUGUGGAGGAACUGGCGAAGAAGCUUCCCGAAGCAAUCGAAGCAGUCAAGAGCGGUGUCUGCGCUGUACUAGAUGCUCAUCUUGACGGGCCGCAAGGCAAGUAUGGCGGUGACAAGGCUGCCCUGGUGGGAUGA